CGAACUUUUCUUUUAAAUUUGUAUUGUCACUGUUCUGUGCAUCACGAGUGAAGACAACCAGCUAGGAACAUAUCUUUUUAUUUCCAUUCGAUUUUAUAUCUGUUAAUUAUUGUUGUUGUAAAUUAAUUUUUAACAAUUUCAACAUGUUUAUUCUUGCGUGGUCACAACUAUUGAUGAUAAUUGUUCACACCACCUAUGGCUAUGAUUACACGACUAAUUAUAUAACCGUACCGGUCGACCAUUUUAGUUAUACCAAUAAUGAUACAUUUGAAUUGAAGUAUCUUAUGAAUGACACAUAUUGGGAUGUUAAUAAAGGUCCAAUAUUUUUUUAUGCUGGCAACGAAGCACCAAUUGAAGAUUUUUCUGAUAAUACUGGCUUUAUGUGGGAAAUAUCAAGAGAAUUAGAGGCAUUGGUUGUGUUCGCCGAGCACCGUUACUAUGGCGAGUCCAUGCCCUAUGGAAAGAAUUCGUUCGAUGACAAAGUGAAAUUGGGCUAUCUGACCUCACAGCAAGCGCUGGCCGACUUCGUAGACGUGAUAAAGUAUCUGCGUAAUGACACACUGUGUACCGGCAGACGACCUAAUCCGGUAAUCGCUUUCGGAGGCUCGUACGGAGGAAUGUUGGCCGCUUGGUUUCGCAUCAAGUAUCCCGCCACUGUCGAAGGAGCUAUAGCUUCUUCAGCUCCAAUAUGGCAAUUUACUGGAAUGACGCCAUGCAAUGAUUUCUACAAAGUGACAUCGUCAGUUUACAGAAAAACUAGUGUUGAAUGCGGAUUGACUAUUUCAGCAUCCUGGAAAGCCAUAGAUAACGUUACAGAAUCUGAUUCUGGAAAAGCGUGGUUAACUGAUAACUGGAAAUUAUGUAGACCGUUAGAGAACACCGACGACGUAGCACAGUUAAAAUAUUGGGCUGCUGAUGUGUAUGUGGCAUUGGCCAUGGUUAACUAUCCUUACGAAGCAAAUUUUUUGGCUCCUUUGCCUGCAAAUCCGAUCAAGGAAGUCUGCAAGUCAAUGACAAACCACACGGAAGAUGAUUCGACGCUCCUGAUGUCGGUAUUUCGCGGGUUGAACGUCUAUUUCAACUACACCGGGUCGGCCAGCUGCUUAAAUCUGUCGUCAGCGUUUUCCGACGAUAUGAUGAACGGAUGGAAUUAUCAGGCUUGCACAGAAAUGAUAAUGCCGUUUUGUGCUAACGGCGGCGAGGACGACAUAUUUGAAGCAUACCCGUGGGAUUUCGAAAGCUACGCGCAGUACUGUGAAAAUCGAUAUGGCGUGAAACCGACCACGGGCGACGUCGAAAAACAGUACGGUGGCAAAAAUCUCAAAGCUGCGUCCAACAUAAUAUUCAGCAAUGGUUUAUUGGACCCAUGGUCCAGUGGUGGCGUGUUGAAAAGUAUUUCAUCAACCGUCAGGGCGUUAUUGAUACCAGACGGUGCUCAUCACUUGGACUUGAGGGCAUCGCAUCCCAACGACACGUCAUCCGUAAUUCGUGCAAGGAAAACGAUUAAACACUGGAUCGUAAAAUGGAUCUUCGAUUACAGACAUCGAAAGUAAACAGACGACUGUUCAGUAUUUAAACAGGUUCACACUUCACGUAGUUCAAUCAUCUCAUGUCAAAUACGUGUAUUUUGAAUAUAGAUAAAUUAAAUUAUCAACCAGUACUACAUGCUUUUAAUUAAAAUUUAUAGUUUUUCAAACUUA